CUUGUCAUACUCGUACGUUUCCAUAGAAACAAUGAGUGCGGCCCUUUUUUUUAAAUAUAUACCGCGCACAUGCACCAACUUUUUCAACAUGAAAAUAUCACAGGGCGCGCUCACUCAUGUGGUUCGAUACUGAGAGCUUCCUUUUUGUACAUCCUCUCUGUGCUUAUCCUUAUACUUUUCUCAUCAUUUAUAAUCCUGAAAGCAAAGUAUUUUUCUCAAAUAUUUUUGGCAAAUUAUUAACAACAAUUUAAAACAUUACACAAUGUGUCAUUUUUUUGUCUCAAUGAGAGCUGCGGUGAACGGUAUUCACGUAUCUGCAGAAGACUAUCCAGAAAUAAAAGCUUCCGAUAAAUGCGAGAAAUAUGACGAGAAAUAAUGGAUUGUCAUGAUUUGAAAAUUUUCUUACAUGAUAUUGUUGGACAGUUGGUGCAGACAUGUAUAAAUUAUUAAGACGUAAUAAAGCCCGUUUAUUUAUAUUUUCUAUAAUAUUUGUGUCUUUGCUGUUAUGUCUAUAUUAUGUCAGUCAAAUUCAAGUGCCGACUUCUUCUUCUUCUUCUUCUUCUUCUUCUUCAAGUCAUCCAAAUACUUUAGACUUUCAGGUUUCACAAGAAAACAUAACGUCUGAAUUAAAUCAUAAUUUAUGUCCUAAUAUUGAACCUAGAAAAGCAGAUAUUGAUACACAGGAAGAAUUUAAAAAUUUUGAUUUUCAGCCUUCAUGGAUGAGAAGUCGUGAAUAUUGGGAUGAUAGUUUUGAAGCUCGAUAUGCUGAAUUAAAGAAAAGCCCUACUCGACCACCCUUAAAGGUCAUUCUUGUCCCGCACAGUCAUACUGAUCCUGGAUGGUUGAAAACUUUUGAUCAGUAUUUUCAUGGCACUACCAGGGGAAUUCUAAAUAAUAUGGUAUCAAAACUUCAGCAAUGGCCAAAUAUGACUUUUAUCUGGAGCGAAGUAUCAUUUUUAUCACUUUGGUGGGAAAGUUUUGUUUAUAUGCAAAGUGCCCAUCCAACAAAAAAAGCUAUAGUUAAGCGUCUUAUAAAGGAGGGCCGUUUGGAGGUUACAACUGGAGGUUGGGUUAUGUCUGAUGAAGCAACCUCACACAUUUAUGCUAUGCUAGAUCAAUUAAUUGAAGGUCAUCAAUGGUUAAAAACUAAUUUAGACAUAAUGCCAGAAUCAGGAUGGGCAGUUGAUCCAUUUGGACAUGGUGGCACUAUUCCUUAUUUUUUAAAAGCAUCUGGGUUAACUGGAACAGUCAUUCAAAGGAUUCAUUAUGCUUGGAAGCAAUGGUUUGCUAAGAAACAAUUUGGUGAUUUUAUUUGGCGACAGCCAUGGGAUCAGGAUGGAAUGGCUGAUAUUUUGACACAUAAUCAACCUUUUGAUAUAUACAAUAUUAAACAUUCUUGUGGACCUCAUCCUCAUGUUUGUUUAAACUUUGAUUUUCGCAAAAUUCGUGGUGAAUAUACAGAAUAUUCUGUUAGAGCAGUUGACAUCACAUCAAAUAAUGUCAAGGCAAUGGCAGAAAUGUUGAUAGAACAAUACUCAAAAACGGGUUCUCUAUUUCCUCACAAUGUUGUUUUGAUGCCUUUAGGUGACGAUUUUAGGUAUGAUUAUGCAAUCGAGUGGGACCAACAAUAUACCAAUUACAAGAUUCUUAUAGAUUAUAUAAACAACAACAAUGAAUAUAAUGCACAAGUGGUAUUUGGUACUCCAAAAGAUUAUUUUCAAGAGAUAAAGAAACGAAUGAAACAUUUUCCAAGUUUAAAAGGAGACUUUUUCGUUUAUUCAGAUAUUUUUAGUGAAGGCAGGCCUGCUUACUGGAGUGGUUAUUUUACUACGAGACCCUACAUGAAAAUUUUAGAUAGAGAACUUGAAAGUAAUUUAAGAUCUGCAGAGAUUCUUUACACUAUAGCACUUAAUACUGCAAAACAAAAAGAAAAAGAUGGAAGAGAGCUUAAACUCUAUGAAGCUUGGUUUGAAAAAUUAGUGAAGGCGAGAAGAAAUUUAGGACUUUUUCAACAUCACGAUGCAAUUACCGGCACUUCAAAAUCCUUUGUUAUGAAGGAUUAUGCUCUCAAAUUAUUUGAAUCCAUCACCGACAUGACAAAUUUACAAAGUUUCGCAAUCCAAUCAUUAGCAGCAUCAGAGUCGACAAAAACUAAUUAUGUAUUAUCUGAAUCUGAUAGAGAUAGUUAUGAAAAACUUGCUAGGAAAAUUCCAAUUGAAGGCAAUAAGAGAAUUAUUUUAUUUAAUUCACUUGCUCAAAGUAGACAAGAAGUAAUUAGUUUAAAAGUGACUUCGUGUAAAAUAAAAGUCUUGGAUCCAUAUAAAAAUUCAAUUCCUUAUCAAAUAGCUCCAGUUAUGAAUGCAACGGGCAUUGCACAUGACAUAUUUAUACUUUUAUUCAUAGCUAAUUUAAAACCACUCUCUAUUGCUACAUACUAUAUCUAUCAAAUUGACGAAAUUCCGACUGACGCGAUCUCUACUGUUUAUUGCAAUAAAUGUAAUAAAGAUGCUGCUGCUGGUCUAUUUCCAGUAAAACCAAUUCCACCUAGUGACAUACAAUUAGAAAAUCAAAAGAUUAAACUCGUAUUUGAUCGACAAAGUGGAUUUUUGAAACAGGUAACAAAGCAUUCGAAAAUUAUGCAAUGCUCUAUUCAAUUUGCUGCUUAUUCUUCUGCUCAAUUUCAUAGUGGAGCAUAUCUUUUUAUGCCUGACCCAAAUCUCAGGGACACGGAUAAAGAUAUACUUGAAUCAACACAUCAAAAAAUAUAUAUUGUGUCUGGUAACAUAAGCUCACGUUUAACAGUUGAGUAUGGAAAAUUGUUGACGCAUCAGGUUGCAAUUUAUCAUGACAACAGCAAUUACCUUUCUGAGGCUAUCCAUCUUCGAAAUGUAGUGGAUUUUGAAGCGCCUCCAAAAAAUCGAGAAACAGAAAUGUUCAUGAGGUUACAAACAGAUAUUCUCAAUGGAGAUCCUCCAGAAUUUUACACUGACUUGAAUGGUCAUCAAAUGAUAAAAAGAACGAAAAUUGAAAGAAUUGGUAUAGAAGGUAAUUAUUUCCCAAUAACAACAAUGGCAUACAUACAAGAUACCGCGCACAGAUUAACUUUACUUGUUAAUCAUGCUCAGGGAGCAGCAAGUUACCAGCCAGGCUGGCUGGAAGUUAUGUUGGACAGAAGAACACUACACGAUGAUUCACGGGGAAUGGGUGAAGGCUUGCUGGACAAUAAAAAAACUAUAAUUAAACAUUGGUUACUUUUUGAAGAUAUUAAAACCAACAACAACAACAACGGUGAUAAAUAUUCAAAACCAUCUUUAAUAGCAAAUCAUUUCAGCAAUUCACUUAAUUAUCCUGUCAACAUUUUUGUUGUGGAUGAUGGGAAUUAUCAAAUGGCACCCGAAACACCAUUAGUCAGUCAAAGUUUUCCAUGUGAUGUUCACUUGGUCAAUUUAAGAACUGAUCACGAUUUUAAGCUUCCUUAUUUUCCUGUCAAUAGUGCUCUUUUGGUGCUCCACAGGCAAGGAUAUAGCUGCUUAAUCGAUACCAGCACACACUGCUCUCCCUUUCGUAACUUUGGGAAAGAAUUUUUUUUUACAAAAGCAGUAGCCAAAUUUAAUAUUACAAAAACCUCAUUAACUGGUACUAAAACAGAAAGAUAUCUGAGAAAUGGUUUUCAGGAAAUCUUUUCUUUUCUUAAGCCUAUGGAAAUUCAAACCUACAAAAUUAAAUUUUUAAGGUAAAAUUGGGUAUUUUUCAUAACGCAACGUUGUACUAUAUUCAUGUUGUUUGUAUGGAUAUCUUGAUAAAUAUAAUUAUGUAAUUAAAUAUGUUUGUUUUCUCAUCAAAAAUUACUAAAAAUCAAGUUGUUUCAUUUUUUCAUUUUUAUUUAUUGCAAUCUACAUAAUAUGUACAAUGAUGUAUACAUGAAAGAGAAAACUAUGUGAAUGCGUGUCUGUUGGGAUGAUUCAUUAUUUUUUAAAAAACUUGAUUCAAUCAGCAUAUGUAAAAAAAAAAUCAUAAAUAAGAGCAAUAUGUAUACAAAAAUACUGCUGGUUUUAAGUUUAUUUUAUUAAAAACCAAAACGCUAAAGAAUUAACUCUUGCUUUUAUAUAAAUAAUAAUAAUUCAUUUUAUAUUCUUUCCCGAGAAUGCGUGAAUGAUAAUGUAUAAUAUAACAAGUGCAAUAAACUUGGAAAAAAUGAUUAAAUAUUCAUGAAAAAUUUUAAAACAAAAUAAUUAUAUAUGCUGAAAAUACACUGUAUAUAUACUAUAAACGUAUAUUAUAAUAUUAUUGCCAUUAAAGUAAAGAAUGUAUAA